AUGUCAAAUCCUUCUACACCAACUCAUUUGCCGCCGAAGAUGGAGAUACGCACGCCUUCGCCGGAGAUGGAGAUACGCACGCCUUCGCCGGAGAUACACACGCCUUCGCCGGAGAUAGUCAACCCUUCGCCGCCGGAAACUGUCAUACACAUUCCCACCGGCACCCAGUCCCCCCGACCCCAUCGCUUGGUGAGAGUAAUCACUGCCAUGCCAACCCGACUAGCCUUCUCAGUGGCCAUUGGGCUCGUUGUCUACUUAGCCAUCCCGAAACCCACAGAGGUUUCGAAACAAGCAUGGCGGCUGUUCGCCAUCUUCCUGACCACCGUUGCCGGGCUUAUACUCGGGCCUUUACCUGUUGGUGCAUGGACGUUCAUCUGUUUGAUGAUCACCGUGAUCACCAAAACCCUGACCGUCAAAAACGCUCUUUCAGGGUUUACGAACGACAUUGUAUGGCUGAUCGUUCUCUCCUUCUUCUUCAGCAGAGGGUUCGUGAAAACCGGUUACUUCGUAAAAUGGCUUGGCAAAAGCACUUUGGGUUUGGCGUAUGGGCUGGCGAUCGGAGAAGCUAUAAUUUCGCUAGCGAUGUCAAGUUCCACCGCAAGGGCUGGUGGCAUAUUUUUGCCCGUUAUCAAUUCGUUGGCCAUCGCCAGUGGGAGUAGUCCUCAUGACGGUUCUGCUCGUAAACUUGGCGCAUAUUUAAUUCAGUCUCAAUUACAGUUCCGGUCUCUUACAGGUGUGUGGUUUAUUUCGGGUCGAAUAUGGGUCAAGUCGGUUACAAAUAUGAAACUAGAUACGGGUCAGCAGAAGUCUUGA